UCUCUCUCCUGCCGACCGCUCUCGAAGCAACAGCUCCGUCGCCCGAGUUAUAUAUAAGAAGAAAAUAAAGAGAGUUAUAACAGAAUAUUAGAGCCUAGUUUAAUUACGAGUUCUCCUCACCAACCAUCCAACUAGGAUUAAUCUAACAGGUUGUGGGCCAGCUCGCUGGAAUAGAGGAAGAACCGAGAAGAAGACGACUCAGAAGUUUUUAUUUUUAUCUUUGUUCAGAGGAAAAUAAAUCAGACGUAUCAGAGGUCUAGAGGACAAAUUUCAGAAGAAAACAGGAAAAGAACAUCAGAAGCGUUAUGUCUGAUUGGAGUCUUUCAGACCCAUUACCAUCAAAUGAGAAAGAGGUGGCCAACGAAGGCAACGAAAAUCAAGUGGACGAUCAUUUGAAUAUCCACCAAGAUUCAGAUAUAGAAGGGUAUACACCCCCGGGUACACCCCCAAAAAGAGAUAUGGAGGGAAAGUCUCAACCUACUGACUCACAAAUGGAGUGGAGAAUGGAUAAUCUGGAGAAUGCUCUCGAGAGACACUCCGAUAUACUCGACAAUCAUGCUGAAAUAAUCAGAGAUCAAACAGUAGCCAUACUCGAUAUGAAGGAAAAUAUUGACAACCUAAACACCGUCAUACAGAAACUCACAGAACAAAUAGGAAAAUUAACUUCAGAGACGGAACAAGCGCAUUAGGCGACCUCAGCAGAGCUUGUAAUGAACUCAGACGAUCUAUUGCCCUAAACGCAACUAAUUCAAAAAUAAACAUAAAGAGAAAUUAUAAAUUAACAAAAAAAGUACCACUUAACAUUUGGUUAGACAAUAUAAAUGCUGAAUUAAAAGCUAAUAAUCUUGCAGACAUACUUGACGAUUCUCAACAAUCAGACGUUUCAGAGACAUUAAUA